UACGCUCCUCAGACAUGGAAAGCGUUGAAGGCUGAACUGCUUAGAGUUGAACAGCCUGGAAUUCUGACGCGUGUAUACAUCGUUAAUGUCCGCACUAAUUCUCAUGCCUGCUUAGCAAUGCAAAGAGAACUAAGCCACAGUCUGAGUGCUCAGCAAAUUUAG